AAAGCAAUAAUAAAGACACAAAAGAGAAGGAAUUACGAUUAUAUUUUUUCCAAUCCAAUAUGAUUGGGAUCGGCGAUAUGACGGCGCCAAUUGCUUACUCCUCAUCAUCCGCACUACUUCUCUCUUCAUUCCAAUUCAUUUCCAAAACAAAAACCGUUCUUCCACAAUUUCACCAAAGUUUUUCUUCAACCCAGAAAACCCAUUUUCUCUCUCACUUAUCCACAACAUCUUCUCGAUUCUCUCUCCAAAAUGGCAGAAACUUUGGUACCCAUUUCCCUUCCAAGGUUUAUGCUUCGUCGUCUGUUGGGAAUUCAGAAUAUGCAGAGGAACCUGCAACCAGUGUGAAAUUCCUAAAAUCUGCAUAUCUCCCUGGUUGUUCAAGUUCGUUGUCCUUGCUUGGAACUGGCUACAGGGAAAAAGUUUUUGCAAUUAUUGGCGUUAAGGUGUAUGCAGCAGGACUUUAUGUAAAUCCAUCCUUGCUGAAUGAACUGAGUCCUUGGAAAGGAAAGUCAAAACCCGAAGUUGAACAGGAUUUGGCAUUGUUCCAAUCUAUAUAUCAAUCGCCUUUGGAGAAAUCAUUGCAAAUUGCUUUGGUUAGAGACGUAGAUGGAAAAACUUUCUGGGAUGCCUUGGAUGAAGCGGUUUCUCCAAGAGUAAAAGCACCAACUGAUGUUGAUAAGUUAGCUCUUUCAACUUUCCGGAAUAUCUUCCAAGCGCUUUCUCUUAAGAAAGGCACUUUAAUUCUUCUAACUUGGCUUGAACCAUCCCAGAUGCUGGUUUCUGUGUCAUUGAAUGGGAUACCUACAAAAGUAGAUGCCACAAUUGAAUCACUGAAUGUAACAAAGGCUCUUUUUGAUGUGUUCCUUGGGGAAUCUCCAGUUUCUCCUACCCUAAAAUCUUCAGUCGCCAAUGGUUUGGCAAUUACCUUGAAGAAGUAAUGGUACACCCUGAGUUGUCUAGCUGAAUCCUUGGUAAUAUAGUUUUUCAUGAAAGGGUAUGUAUCAACUAAACAAUGUAUGCUGUUGUAAUAUCAUUGUUUUAAUUUUUCGUUGUUCAUUAAAAGGCUAGUGCAAGCUCAGCAGCCAUCAUUAAGCUGAAAUAACAUUGUCCAGUUGAGACUUGAGAGUCGUGAUCAAGAAAUUGGAGAUUGCUAAGAUUUCUGGAUGUUGGUUUAGUUUUUUUAUUUAAUUGAUUUCAAGCGAAUAAUGGGUUCAUUCUUCA